UCGUUUGAAGAAGUAAUAAAAGGAAGGUUGACAUGAUUGCGGCUUAUGGGCUCGCAGUCGUCGCCACUAAGUCCAGUUGACAUAUUUCCAAAGAGUAAAAAGGAGCGAAAAACAGUCGACGGUGCUCUUACUACCAGUCGCCGACGCUGAAGCCGGACCGCGUGUGUUGGAGGAAACAUGGAGAGGGCUGAGGGAGGAACGUCGUCGACACCAUACGGCGGUGGAGGAGUUGGAGGGAAAGUUCGUAAGCCAAACACAAGAAAGCCGCCGCCUUCUCCUUACGCUCGGCCAGUGCAUAACCAAUCGCAGAGGCGUUGGCUUUCGAAGCUCGUUGAUCCGGCCUACCGGCUCAUUACCGGCGGCGCCACCCGAUUGCUUCCAUAUUUGUUCCCGAAACCACUGCCCUCUAAUGCCCUUCCAUCUCCUGGAGACGAAGAUCAAGAUAAAGUGGAGGUAGAGGUGGAGGAUAACGUCUCUGGAGAAGAACCCCAAAAUAAAGGGGUUUCUACCUUAGUUGGAUUACCUGGUUCUAGUGGAGAGGCAAAUAGAUCAGAGAACGAUUCUGAUUUUAAUGGCUGCCAAAAGGACAAAGAAAAUAAUGCAUUAGGCGGGAAUGGAAAAAUUGAUGUUGAAAAAUGGAUACAAGGAAAAACAUUUUCGAGGGAUGAAGUGAGUCGUUUAUUAGUGGUACUACAAUCAAGGGCUCUUGAACCUUCUAAUAAAGUGGAAGACAAUACAUUUUCUCCACAGAGCAUUGAAAAACAAGUUGAGCAGCUAUCUACUGCAAAUAGAGUUCUUGAAAUGCCUCGUGAAGGAAAGCAAGAAGAAUUGGAGAGAGCUACGUGGGGAAACUUAACUCCUCAUCCACAUUCAUUGAAACUAAGAGAAGUUGGAGCAUCACCUGUGGAUAUUGCAAGAGUAUACAUGAGCAACCAAAAAUCUGAACCAGGCUUAGCUUCGGACAAGAUGCCAGAUGAUGAAAAGGCUUUGCGUCAUGGUGAUCAUCAAAUGCCUAAGCCUUUUAUUCCAUCAAUGUCCCCCAAUCCUUCAACUUGUUGGCCUGGUGCCAUGUCAGAAAGUCAACGUGGUUAUGUAACUCCAAGAAGUCAAAGAGGUAGAUUUGGUCUUCAUAAUUUCCCUCGGACUCCAUAUUCUAGGAGUAUCUUUUCAAUGUCCAAAUCCAAGUCUAAGCUAACUCAGUUGCAAGGAGAUGACCAAAAGUUUGUGAAUACACCAUCACCUCUCUGGCGGAGGUCACGAUCUCCAGCUUAUUCCAUGAUGACUUCAAGCAAGGAUCCAUUGGAUGAGGCAACUGGUUCCAUUGGACUGACUUCUAGCCUUCAGCAUAAGACAUCUGCAGUUACUAAUUCCAGACGAUCUGCUUACUUUUAUCCACCUCAACAACCAGAGAUGGAAGUAGAGAACAAUAUUUCGGAAGCAAUUUUCCCUGAUAUGAAGAAGAAUCUAGAACGUGGAGGAGCAAGCACCAUUCCUCUUUCACAAUCAGUGGGAAUCAACAACUCCGAGUCGAGUCUACCGACUCUCCGUCCACAGUCCAGUCAGGUUGCUAGGACAAUCCUAGAGCAUAUUACUAGAAACCCACCUACUCCUAAAGAAAAGACUGAAGAGUUAAAGAGAGCAAUUGACUGGAAGAAAACCCCAUCUUCCAAUGUACUAUCGGUCAAGCCAAAUGAAACCAGUAGUUUGGCCGUGGACAUAGAUUCUCACCAAAAAGCAAACCAAGUAGAUCAGAACUGUCACCCCCAAUUGAGCGAUAAGGGGAAAACCAUGUCCACGGUUCUUCCAAAGGAGGGUGCUGGCAGAAAUCCUGAUGCUGCAAACCAGAAUCCUUACUGUCUGAAGUUUAGGCUUAGCAAUGCUGAAUCAAAACACAAGGAUGAUGCAGGCUUAAAUAUUGGUAGCUCCUCGCCUAAGGCUGUUCCCAAGAUCUUUCGAGCUCUUGGAUCCGAAGUGGGGACUCAAAUCAAGCAUUCCCCCUCUCUUGGAGGCAGAGUAGUUUCACCACAUGUGAAGAGUUUGAUGCAGAUUCCCAAAGAAUUCCAGAAAAAUCUGGGAAAAGGGAAUGGGAUACCUACCUACAUCCUAAUUCUUCCUACGCAUGAAAGAAAGAAGUAGAUAUCUGAAUAGAUGACAGGGUAGUAGGGAAGGGCAUAGGACAAGAACAGGUCCACGUGGUCAGGCUCCAAAUCACAAGUGGAGGAACAGGUUGUGGUAGCCAGAGAGAGGGACUCACAUGUGUUGCUCUAAAUUUUGCAUGUAACGAGGAAGUCAUUCCAUCCUAUCACAGGUAAAAGAUGAGAUAAACUCGAAUGGUGGUGGGGCGGGCGGGCGGGGGAGGCCCCCCCCAUCCCCCAUUUUGAAGCAUCAUCAAAGUUGGGAAUGUGGUAGAAUGAGGAGGAAACAAAGACAACCCUUCAGCCUGAUGAAGAUUUGAAGAGAGAGAUAGAAAGGUCCAAGAAGAAAAGUGAGUGGGUGAGUGCGGAAGGGGGGGGGGGGGUCUUGUGUCUGACUGUGUGGGGAAGAAGAAAGUCAGAGAGAUUGAAAUGAGAUAGGAAGUGAAAUGAAUGCGUAGCAGACACGAGUGUGACGUUUCAGAUUCUAAAUGUCAGUAAAGUUUUUGUGAAGAUGUGAGGGUGGUAGUGCCGGUGCUGCUGCUGCAGCGCCCAGUGGCAGCGGCCGUAUGACUUCCACUCACCACCGCUACCUCUGCUCCUGCUCCUGCUCCUGCUCCUGCUCCACUCUAUACUCCUUUUUCUCAUGUCUUUUUCCAACUGAAUGAAUGAAUUUAUUAUUAUUGCUUCUUUACUUCUUUCUUUUGACAACUUGUAAUCAAUCUCUCCAUCCCUAACAUUCAUUUCCAACCACUUGAAGAUCCCCAUGACAUUCCAUCAUUUUUAUUUCUCUC